UGACGACUACUCUUACCACAAUUGAGCAGCCAACGACCACGGAUAUCCUUACAACUACAACACAGCCAGCAGGACCUCGCUUCGAUAUUCUUUUCCUCAUCGACGUCAGCAAGCAAGCGAAAGGUCGAUUGGAGGAUAUAAAAGGUUUUGUCUCGAAAUUGAUGUCCGGUUACGGCGUCUCCCAGCAAAACGCUCGCGUAGCGCUGAUGGCCGUCGGAAGUGCUCAAAUGGGUUCGAUUCCGUUUGCAAACUUCGACACCAUCGAUUCGUAUGAAAAUCUCCUCAACUAUAUCGAAAUGGUGAAAAAAUACACCGAUUUCGAACAUAAUGGCCAGGCGAUUGAACACGCACUGAACAUUGCUGUGGCUGACGACUUCAUGCGUACCGGAUAUCGGACUGAACUUGAGAAUCAUGUCAUCGUUUACGUAACAACUACAACGAAAAGAAUGCCUCAUUUAGCGACAACUAGCCUGCGGAUUUGCCCGCAGGUCGUAAAUCGCAGUGGGCUGCAGUUGCCGCUAUCAGGGCAAAAGCACCGCCAACUCAAGCUUCGACGAUAA